ACCAGAGCCGUACGUUCGUUCGUUCCUUCCUUCGUUCCCUCCCGACGCGGAGAUCUACAUUUAGAUUCCAGAUUCGUCCCGAUCUCGCCCCCCUCCCCCUCGAAUCGGUCGCGUAUAAAUAGGCAUCCCUAUUUUCUUAACUCCCUCCAACUCGAAAUCUAAUCUCGUCCUUCUUUUUAUCACGUCUCGCAUCGAAUCGUAUCGCCUCGCCUUCGCCAGUUCAUCAGCGGAAAAAUCACCCCAGACGUCGGAAUCGAGGUUUUGCCCGAUGGCGGAAAGCGAUCUCAGGAAGCCGCAAGAGAUGUCCAAGGAAGAGGAGCAGAGGCUGAAGUACCUGGAGUUUGUGCAAGUAGCUGCGGUUCACGCUGCACUGUGCUUCUUGAACGUGUAUGCUUAUGCCAAGGAGCGGUCGGGUCCCUUGAAGCCCGGUGUGGAAACCGUCGAGGGAACUGUCAAGACUGUGGUUGGACCCGUGUACGACAAGUUCCAUGAUGUCCCGAUCGAGGUCCUCAAAUUUGUUGACCGCAAGAUUGAUGAGUCGAUGAUCAAGAUCGACAGCCGUGUACCACCCGUUGUCAAACAAGUUUCUGCCCAAGCCAUGUCAGCGGCUCAGCAGGCUCCUGUGGCAGCUCAAGCCAUGGCUCAUGAGGUCAAGCGGGCUGGCGUGGUCGACACUGCCUCGGGAAUUGCAAAGUCCGUGUACACCAAGUGUGAACCAACUGCUAAGGAUCUGUACUCUAAGUACGAGCCGAAGAUGGAGAAAUGCGCCGUGUCCGCUUGGCGCAAGCUGAAUCAGCUUCCUCUCUUCCCUCACAUGGCUCAAGUCGUCGUGCCAACUGCAUCCUAUUGUACCGAGAAGUACAACGAGACAGUGCGCAACACUGCAGAGAAAGGGUACAAGGUUUCCAAUUAUCUCCCCAUCGUCCCCACUGAGAGGAUCGCGAAGGUGUUCAUGGGAGGCGCUCCGGAAAUGGAGCCGCUGCUCCCUGCUGGAGGUGAAGCCGACGUUGCUGCGCAUUGAUUUUUUCAGUACAAGUAUUGUUGAUCUUAUAUUCGGUGAUAUGUUCGAUUGAAAUGUUAAUGGUGUCUGUGGACCUCUGGUUAGUAAUAUUGUGGCCGAUGUUUUGUAAGGGUCUCAUCUGAAUGUUGCGUUCUCCAUGCGAAUUCGAGUUGUUUGUUUUUUUGAGCUACGGGUUUGUUCGAUGUACCUUUGUAUAUAGUCCACUCCCUUUUCGCGCGCUUAGAUGGGCUUAGAGCGAUUCUUUAUUUCUCAGUCUGUUUAUCUUAUAUGCACAAUAGAUUUCUGAAACUGAGCUCUUGUGGAA